AUGCCAGAUCUGACCUCCUACUUGCGGGGUUCUCCCCCGUCAUCACCUACUCUCAAGGAGUGCCUCAUCGAAGCCUGUUUGAGCGCCCGUAAUGGGUUCGAGUACGCGGCUAAGUUACGCUUGGCUCACUGUGUGGUGAUGACGACUUUGUAUGGGGGCCACAGAACACUAGGGGAAAAUUUGGAGUGGAUAUUGCAAAGCACGAGAGAGCACGGCAUUACGCUGGGCACAUACGCCUUCGUAUAUAAGCUGUUGAGGAGCCUCAUGGACCGCAGCAUGGGGAGUGUGAAACUCAACCCUGCUGUUGCUGGUUUUGUUGCGGCUUACUUCACCUGGGGCCAACACAGAUCGGCGAUCAGCUAUCAAGUGACUUUGUAUCUGUUGUCGAGGAUCACUGUUGGUUGGGUACAUCACCAAGUUCAGCAGAAACGACUUCCGGACGUUCCCAUGUACCGGUACCUCGCAGGUCUCGUAUGGGCGGUCGUCAUGUACUUGUUUGUGGUGGACAAGGGCAGUCUGCAGUCUAGUCUACGCCAGGCGAUGGAGUUCAUCUACGAUACGCAUGAUCAGCCCUUCACUGGAUUUCGCGAUAUUUUCCCUUUCUUGCGACGGCCCGUGGCUGUGAUGCUGGCGCGGCCCAGUGGUGAUGUCAACGACGUGUUGGAAGAUGUAUUGGAAAAUGUGGACCCCGAGGAGUUCUGA